CCUUUAUAUGAUGGAACAUAAGAAAGAAGAUAUGCCUUCCUGAGACAUCACGCGAACCUCCACGAAGCUACAAACCACCAAAUUCCUCUGGCACUCUCCUCGGUAGAUAGAAAAACGGAAGUUGCGUGACGCCUUUCAUACUGACUGACUGACACUGUGCAUUAUGGAUACACAUCAACCGAGACCCGUAACUCCACAGCCUCCUCACGGCGGCGGCGGCGGUGGAUUUUCUGCGAUUCUCACAGUCUUCCUAUCCUUCAUCGCAAUCCUCGCCAUGAUAGUGAUUCCUUCAUCAUCAACUUUUAGGAAUGGUUUUUCCAUUCUGCACCAAGUCCCAGAAGGACAUGUUGGGGUUUACUGGAGAGGAGGUGCCCUUCUAAAGACUAUUACAGAUCCAGGUUUUCAUCUGAAGCUGCCUUUUAUAACCCAUUAUGAGCCUGUUCAAGUAACCCUUCAGACAGAUCAGGUGAGGGAUAUUCCUUGUGGUACCAAAGGAGGUGUAAUGAUUAACUUUGAGAAGAUAGAGGUUGUUAACCGGCUUCACAAGGACUAUGUGUAUGACACUCUGCUGAACUAUGGGGUGCAAUAUGAUAAUACAUGGAUAUAUGACAAAAUUCAUCACGAGAUCAAUCAGUUUUGCAGCUCUCACUCUCUUCAGCAAGUCUACAUUGAUGUUUUUGAUCAAAUUGAUGAAAAGAUGAAAGAUGCUCUCCAGGGUGACUGCACACGUUAUGCUCCAGGUAUUGAAAUCAUUAGUGUUCGCGUUACAAAGCCAAAAAUCCCCGAAAGCAUAAGACGCAAUUUUGAACAGAUGGAAGAGGAACGCACUAAGGUCUUAAUUGCUAUUGAGAAACAGAGAGUGGUUGAGAAAGAGGCAGAGACAAAUAAGAAAAUGGCUAUCAGUGAAGCUGAGAAGGUUGCAAAUGUGAGCAAGAUCCUUAUGGAACAGAAGUUGAUGGAAAAGGAUAGUGUCAGGAAGCAGCAAGAAAUUGAGAACCAGAUAUACAUGGCUCGGGAAAAGAGUUUGGCCGAUGCAGAUUUCUACCGUUUACUGAAGGAAGCUGAAGCAAACAAGUUGAAGCUGACACCGCAAUUUCUUGAGCUUAAAUUCAUCGAGGCCAUAGCUGAUAAUACAAAAAUUUUCUUUGGGGAAAAGAUACCUAAUAUGUUUUUGGAUCAGAGGCUGCUUGGGAACUUCCUGCAGCAGUUAUCUAAGAAUGUGUCUGAAGAGGAGAAAUCAACAGCUUAAUUUUUUUUGGCUUUUGUUCAGCACCCGUUAAGAUUGAAUUUUUUAUUAAUAAAACAUAGUUGCUUUUUGAGAGUAGAAAAAAGCAGUAAAGCAUAAAAAUUAGCUAUUUUACAAAAAUACCCUUUUAAAUUCUUUCAGUCCGUACUUUUUGAGUUUUUUCUUUUUUUUUAGAUCUACAAAACCACCCAAAUGCCCAAAUUUCAAACCCAAGCCUAAUUGUCAAACUUUUCACGUUCCAAAUUGAACCCAUUCACCAUAGCAACCCAGAUACAACCAAAAACAAGGGAAGGAAAAGUAAAACCAAAGGCAAAGAGAGAAAGAGGAGGGCAACGGCUAUAGAGGUAGUGGUGGUGGUGCCGGUGAGCACAGCGAACAGAAACGGUGGUGGAGCUCAAGAUUUUGGUCUUGGUUGAUACGAGAGAGAAUCCAAGAUAGCAGAGAGGGAGUGAGACGGAUCUGGUGGUGGUGGUGGGUGGAUUACAGAUCUAGUAGUUGUGGUAGUGUUGGUGGACUUUUUUUUUUUUUUUUUUAAUACUGGGAUUGAAACGUUAGAGAGA